GAUGUGAUAAUUGGAUAUCACUAAUGAUCAUUAUUGUCAUUCAUCGCAGGACACAGUGAGGCGAUACAUUCAUAAUUCUGCUUACGAAAAGACUCGUAUAAAAUGUCGGGAAUCGAGGCAUGCAACAGGUGUUUGUCUUAAAAUUGAAGCAUGUCAUUUUAAAAUUUAUUAGGAAUUUUAAAAUUAAAAUUCAACUCUAAUUGCUUUAUCAAAGUACUUUAAAUCUGCAAUGCCACUUCUAAUCGGAAUGGAUCAAUGCACGAAAAAUUUGACUACAUGUCAUUCAGGCCACAAAUGUCGGCCUGGCCUGGCCUGUAGGCCAGGCUGGCAGCUCUGAUUUGAACUAAGAUUUAUUCUGUUUGUUCUUCAUUGAUCAAAAUAAAUUUUUGACACAAAGUUUAAUUCGAUUCCAAAGUUCAGUGAUCAUUUUAGUACUUAGCUUAACAUAAUUAGUUGAAAACAAAAAAAGAAAUUUUUUACAAACUUCAGAAUUAUAAUUAAAUUAUGUUUCUUUAAGUGCAAUAUCAUUCAUACACUUGUAUGCAUACAAACUGUCGAGUGUAUAAUAUUUUAAUAUGAGUUUGACUCUUAUAUGUUGCUGUCUUUGUUGUAAGGACGCCGUCUUCGUAUCAAUCCUUUAUCUCACAUCAAUCAGCAUAUUCUAUUUCGUCCAUUGUUAUCUACUGAUGAAAAAAACUUAACGACAUUUCUCGAAAGUCUUAGUCAACGUACACGUCAUUAUUGUGUUUAUCCAAGUUAUGAUAAAAAAACAGCAGAAUUAUUUUGUAAUGAAGAAAUAAAUAGAAAUAAUGAUAAGUUACGAUUAAUUGCUUUGAUUAAUCAAAGUACGAUAGUAGCUUUAUUUAAUAUAACAUUAUCUAUUCGUAAUGAUGAAUAUGAACGUUUUCGUAUAAAUCAUAAAAUUGAAUUGAAUAAUAAUAAUACGACACGAUUAAGUCCAUGUAUCACUGAUAAUUUUCAAAACAAAUAUCUUGGUAGUUAUUUAAUGGAAAAAACAAUAGAUAUUAUACGACGAAUGUGUAAACGUUAUGUAAUUCUAUCUGGUGGUGUACUUGUAGAAAAUACUCGAGCUAUUCGUUUUUUUGAAAAAAAUAAAUUUAAAUUAUUUUCAACAAUUUUUUUAAGUCAUGAUGGAUAUGAAUGUAAGGAUGGUCUUAUUGAAAUUGAUUUAUAA